UCUUUGUAACAUUAGCAAUCAGUAUGGACGUUAACAUCUGCUUAAAUAAACUAUUUACAUAAUUAGAAGAGAUGAGAAUGAAACACCUAUAGAUAUAUAUUUUCAGUUCUGCUUUAUUCGGACAAAUAAUAUUAUGUGUGCUGCACAACAGGGAAUAAUUAAUAUCUUGCGUCAUGGAAAUUCGGUUGCUGACAAAAUUGAUAUAACUUCAUUCAGCUUUUCAUUUAUCAGUAUAUGCCUCAAUCCAAUCUUAUUAUUGUAUAUAUUUGAUAUUAACCUGGGAACACAAUUUCUCAGCAUAAUGAUUAUGUUACAAAUGACAUGUGAAUGGUUUGCCUCAGUUGCUAGUGUAUUGUAUAUAUUUUGUCCAAUCGUUAAAACAGAUCAAAUGUGGUUUAAUUUGAUCUUUUGUCAUAUGUGGAGUAGUACAUUUAUGUACAAUCUAUUCAUUAUGUUCUGUAAGUUUAAUGCUAUGUCAAUGUUGGUAGAACGAUGUUUCCAAUUAUUUUAUCCAAAUAAAAGCAUAUUUGAUUAUCCACGAACUAUCUUUACAUCCUACUGUUUCGCAAUGAUAUAUAUUACAGCAAUCAAUUUAAGAUUUACAGCUAUGGUACAAAUGGAUUCAGAUGGAGAAUGUGUGGCUGUUGGAAAAAGUCCUAUUGAUGAAUUUCAUCAACAACAACUAUUAGUUUUUGGUUAUCUAUGUUUGGCGUUAUUAUUAAUAUUACCAGCUAUUGUUGUAACAACAUGUUAUAUAUUAAUGUUAAUUCAUUAUAUUCGUAGGAAACGUUCAAAUAAAAAUUUUAAUGGUUUUAAUUUACAUAAUUUACAAGAUAUUUUAACAUUACUUGUAAUUAUUUGGUCUGCUGAAUCAACAAUAGCUAGUAUACUUGAUAUGGUUUCAUUUUAUGAUUUUAAAAAUUAUGGUUAUACUAAAUUAGCAGAAAUAAUUCAAAGUUCAACUGAAUUAGUACGUACAAUAUUUUUUGUUAGUCGUACACUUAGUUUAUUUAUUUGUAUUCAAUCUAUUCGUUCUAAAUUUAUUGGAAAUAUUCAAUUCAUUGGUACCUUUUUUGUUAAAAUAUUUAAACGAUUGAUAAGGAAACAAUGA